AUGGCAAUCACAAGUCCAAGUACAACUACUAAUUUUGAAUACAUGGACAAAACGUCCAUUGAUAAGGAUCUUAAUUGUGAAUUUUGUAAUAAUCCACUCGUUGGGCCAGUUUCUACACCAUGUAAACAUACAUUUUGUAGUGUAUGUAUUGAAAAUAAAAUUAAAAAGACUGGUGGAGCUUGUGCAAAAUCAAAAUGUAACAAUAAAUCAAUGGUUUUAGAAGAUUUAACACCAGUUACGGAACGUAUAGUUUUAAAUAUGCUGGAUCGUCUACUUGUUAAAUGUAUUAGUUGUGGUAUGACAAAUAUUCAACGUGGUUUAUUUGAAAAACACGCUACAAAAUCAUGUCUAAAAGCAGCUGUUUUUUGUAUGGCUACAGAUAUUAAAUGUCCAUGGACAGGACCAAGUGAACAAUUAAAACAACACAUUUUUACUUGUUCUUAUGAACAACUUCGUCCUGUACUUUGCGAAAUAAUGCAAGAUAAUCGUCAUUUAAAAGAAAAAAUUCAACAUAUGUCUGAGCAAUGUCUUAAAAAUCAUCAAUUACAUCUUAAAGAAUUACAAGAAACUAAUCAACGUUUAAAUACUAAUGUUGAACAAUUAAAUAAAAUAUUGUAUCAACAAAAAAAUCAACUAAAAGCAUUACGAAACGAAGUAAAACAAUUAAAAGAAUUAAUUAUGCAAGAUACAUCUCAAAUAAGUGAUCGACAAAUUGAAACUCAACGUGAUAAAAAUGAAAUAAUACUUGUCAAUGAACGUUGUACUAAACACGAGACUCAAAUUAAUCAUUUGACAGAUAAAAUUAAUGUUAAAGGGGAUAUAUUUACUUAUCAUAAUCCUCAACUUGAAAUCAAUAUCUCAAAAUGUCAUUCACGUACAACAGUUGAUUUAUCAAAACAACAAUUGCUUGAUCGUGAUUUGAAAACUGUUGUAAAACAAGCAUUAACUGAAAAAGAAUGUACAAGACUGGAUAUUGGAUAUAAUUCUAUUACGUCAGUAGGUGCAUCGAUUGUAGCCGAUGCAUUAAAACAAAAUACAACAUUAGAAGAAUUAAAUUUUCAUAAUAAUUGUGUAUCAGAUCUUGGUGUUCAUUCAUUAGCAAAAGUUUUAUCAUCCAAUACGUCAAUUGUUAAAUCACUUGAACUCGGUUCAAAUGGCAUUACUGAUAAAGGAGCUGAACAUUUGGCUGAAAUGUUAAAAACAAAUCGAUCAAUUACAUGGCUAGCAUUGGCUGGUGAUCGUGGUGUACGAUUAUUAGCUAAUACAGUAAACCAUCAAAAUUCAAAUCUAUUAAUAUUAUCACUUCAUGUAAAUAAAUCAAUUAGUGAUGCAAGUGUUGACGCUAUCAUUGAUAUGUUACAACAUAAUAGAUCGUUGAAAAAACUUUGGAUGCAAGAUUGCAAUAUAUCAGAAGACGGGAAAAUGAAACUUCGAGAAGCAGCAAAAUCAAAACAAAAUUUUUCACUCUAUAUGUAA